GAACUAAUCAAAAACAAAAAAAAAAAAAAGAAGAAAAAAACAAUCAAUUUUAUAAAAAAAUGGUCAAGACUAAUUCAGCCUCACCACCACUGCCCCACUUCUUUUUCUCAUCAUCUUCAUAAUUCAUAGUUUAACUAUAUCUGGGUGUAUUUGAAGUGGGGUUGACUUAGUUUCUGAUAAAGUUUGGAUCUUUGUUCAUCUUUUCAUUACAAACUUGGUGAAAGAUUGGAUCUUUUUAUAGUAAAAGUGGGAAAGUUAUGAUCUUGUUUUGACAAUUUGACAUGGGGUUGACUUUAAUUUCUUUAGUUUUUUUAGAUUUUUGAUUCGUUGAGCAACUUUGGUGGAAAAGAUUGGACCUUUAUGUUACAAAGUGGAAAAAAGGGUAUCUUGAAUCUUGAGUAGUGAGUGAGGCAUAAUGGGGAAUACUUGUGUUGGACCGAAUUUAUCCAAGAAUGGAUUUAUCCAAUCUGUUUCGGCUGCAAUGUGGAGAACCCCACCUGAAGAAACUCCCCGGACUCCUAAUGGAGAAUCUUCGACUCAUAGCAAACAACCAGAAUCCCCAUUACCUGUUCAAAACAAACCACCUGAACAAAUGACUAUUCCAAAACCUGAAAAGAAGCAAGAAGAACAGCCCGUGAAACCCAAAAAAGGUCCCCAAAUGAAGAGGGUAUCGAGUGCCGGGCUUCGUACGGAUUCUGUUUUACAAAGAAAAACUGGAAGUUUGAAGGAAUUUUUCACUUUGGGAAAGAAGUUAGGACAAGGGCAGUUUGGUACAACUUUUCUAUGUAUAGAAAAAGCUACGGGUGAACAAUAUGCUUGUAAAUCUAUUGCAAAAAGGAAGUUGUUGACUGAAGAGGAUGUGGAGGAUGUGAGAAGGGAGAUUCAAAUAAUGCAUCAUUUGGCAGGUCAUCCUAAUGUUAUAGCAAUUAAAGGGGCUUAUGAAGAUGCAAUAGCUGUCCAUGUUGUUAUGGAAUUAUGCGCGGGUGGUGAGCUUUUUGAUAGGAUUAUUCAACGUGGACAUUAUACUGAAAGAAAGGCCUCUGAGCUUACAAGAACCAUUGUUGGGGUCGUGGAGACUUGUCACUCUUUGGGCGUUAUGCAUAGAGAUUUAAAGCCUGAAAAUUUCUUGCUUGUAGAUAAGAAAGAGGAUGCACUUCUUAAAACUAUUGAUUUUGGAUUAUCGGUUUUCUUCAAGCCAGGUGAAACAUUUCAUGACGUGGUUGGCAGCCCAUAUUAUGUUGCACCAGAAGUCUUGAGAAAACGUUAUGGUCCUGAGGCAGAUGUAUGGAGUGCCGGUGUAAUUGUUUACAUCCUUUUAAGUGGAGUACCUCCAUUCUGGGCUGAAACGGAGCAAGGGAUAUUUGAACAAGUACUGCAAGGUGAUCUUGAUUUCUCAUCUGAUCCAUGGCCAAGUAUUUCUGAAGGAGCAAAAGAUCUUGUGAGGAAAAUGCUUAUUCGGGACCCAAAAAGACGAUUAACUGCACAUGAAGUUUUAUGCCAUCCUUGGGUUCAAGUUGAUGGUGUGGCUCCUGAUAAGCCUCUCGACUCGGCAGUUCUAAGUCGAAUGAAACAAUUUUCCGCCAUGAACAAGCUAAAGAAAAUGGCUCUUAGGGUUAUAGCAGAGAGCAUGUCUGAAGAAGAAAUAGCGGGGCUAAAACAAAUGUUUCAGAUGAUUGAUACUGACAACAGUGGUCAAAUUACUUUUGACGAACUCAAAGCUGGACUAAAAAGAGUUGGUGCCAACCUUAAGGAGUCGGAAAUCUAUGAUCUCAUGCAAGCAGCAGAUGUAGAUAAUAGUGGAACAAUUGAUUAUGGGGAAUUUGUUGCUGCAACUUUGCAUCUGAAUAAAAUUGAGAGAGAAGAUCAUCUAUUUGCGGCUUUUUCGUACUUUGAUAAAGAUGGAAGUGGUUAUAUUACUGCUGAUGAGCUUCAACAUGCAUGUGACGAGUUUGGUAUAGAUGCUCGCCUUGAAGAAAUGCUUCAAGAUGUCGACCAAGACAAUGAUGGACGCAUUGACUACAAUGAGUUUGUGGCCAUGAUGCAAGGACAUACAGGUGCCGCACCAAAGAAAAGCCUAGACAAUAGUUUCAGUAUCAAGUUCAGAGAAGCAUUUAAACUAUGAAUAUAUUAUGUUUUCUUUAUUUCUUUCUUUCCUUUUUUGGUUCUUGGUUCUUUUGAUGGAACCGUAGAACUGUACUUUCAUCGAAUUUGCUUUUCAGUUUUGAGUUUGAACUUAUAUUGCAAAUUGUAUUAAGCUCUAUUAUGCUUUAACUUAAAUGUUUAUGAGGGUAAUGUGGUAUAUGGGCUUCUUGUAACCCUUUGUUUCGUAAAGAAAAAAAAACGAUAUUCUUGCAAAGAUACAAAAAGAAACUAUAUAAUGCUGAGUUAAUUUUAA